GGCCUGUUGGUCCACGGUCGCCCAAAUCAUUUUGGCCAAUCAGAACACUGAUCUUGAAUCAGGGGAGAGGAUAGGCUAUAGUGAAGAACAUGUCUGGUGCAGCAGCGAUGUUCGUGUUCUUAUUGCCGGGGAUUCCAAUGUCCAUCGUUUGAAGUCUGCAUGUCCUCCAAAUGCAAGGAUUGACUUUCUGCCCGUAUCUGGUGCAAAGUAUGUGUCUGACCGGAAGGGCUUUAGAAAGCUGCUGCAUCAAGAGCUGAUGUCAGGUUGUUACGACAUAUUGUACCUGCAUCUUGGCUCUAACGAUGUUUGCUGCAAGGAUAGCAAUUUCUACCGUUGUGUGACUGAGAUCCUUGAUGUUGUAUUCAGUGUGUGCACUGAAAUACACGUGGUGCUUUGCGUGAUUCUUCCACGUGAUUUUGAUGUGAGAAUGUUUCCCCGAUGGCCACUCUCAGGGGCACAGUUGAGGAACUACUGCCAGUGGAUAAGGAGCGCAAACAGCAUGCUGUGGGAACUGAGUCACCAUGUGCCUUCUGUGAGAUACAUGGACUAUGCAGCAACUAAACAGAAGUCCCUGUACUUGUCCCAUGAUGGACUACAUCUGAGUGCUGAAGGGGCUAGGAGGUGUUUAGCAUCCAUACAUGACGACCUGCCAAACCAGCUGUGUGUGGAGGCUGCUGUUCAAGAUCCUACAGAAUGGCCAGCUCUCUCAGCCACGGAAGUACCGGUUCAGAAGCAUGACAGCACCAUAGCACUCUUUUCGGAUAUUGUGCAGACUGGAGCUCAACCAGAGAUUCAAGACAAGGUGGAUGCAAGUGAAGUACCAGUUCCCAGGGACAUUAAGCCUCAGACACAUAAAAUAACGGUUGUCACAGCCAGAGCUAAGAGGUCUGCAACCAGAAAUGUCAAAAGAUAUGGAAAGAAGGUAAAAAAUACUGUUAAUUUCAGAUAACCCUCACUGUUUCAUUGUGGAAAUGUCCUACUAAUUCUUAAAACAAGUUUUUUUUUGUUGAAAAAAAA